UAAAUUGGAGAGGAGAAUAUGGUGUUAUAUCAAGACAACACUUUAAAGCUGAUGAACUUAUAUGUUCUCAUAGCCUGUUGGCUAUGUAACAUAUUGGAAUUACAAGGAGAAAUUACAUACUAAUCGCUUAUUAGAGAGUCAUCUCUGUCUGCAUUUCAACAGAGUGAACCAAUGCCGAGUAAGAAGCAAGCCAAGAUGGCGGCUGCGCUCAAAGCCUGUGAAAGGCUUCACACGAUUGGCGAGCUUGAUGAUAACCUGUUACCAAAGCAGACUUUAUCUGACGAGGAAAGUGAUUUGGAAGAAGAAGCAGCAGCUGAGUCUGACGGAAAAAACCAAAAGCUGGAACAAAGAAGAGAAGACGACGGUACAAGAGAAAGGUUCCUGAAGUAUUUGUCAGCAGCUUGGUACAGGAUUGUCAGCUCCAGUUCCUCACGACCAUCACCAUACAAGUCACUAAACUUACUCAGCCACAAGAGUUUGUCAUUAGUGAGCGACUGUUCCUCGAUAAAACUUGUACGUUUGGAAUGCUGACAACGAAAAGAGUUCCUUGGAUUCGAUCGUUCAAACUCUAUCCUAACUAUGGCGAAAUCACAGUAUCCUUGCAGUGUCACAGAUCUCCUUUGCCGCGUGUAAAAAUCACUAAACAAGAGUUGGACAUUAUUCGCGAGUUUCAUCUCUUUCUCUUCAGCCACGUUCUACGCUAUCCCGUGGAAUUCACACCAGGAAGCGUAGAUGGUUACUUCAUUGUUAUGUUGAAGGCUUCAGGAAGGAGUAUUGACUUUGAUUACAUGAGAGAGGAGCUUUCGCGCGCAUCCAAACAAAGCAAUGGAAAUCAGCGCAUCGUCGUGGACGCAGUAGUAACAAAGAACUACGUUGAAUCUCCACAAAAGUACGCUGUUUUGAAUGUUCGUGACGAUCUGACUCCGAUGUCUUCGUUCCCGGAAAAGUCGCAGGGCAACACUUACGAAGAAUAUUUUCGCCUUAAAUACAGAGAAAAGGGAUGCAUUGCGAACAAGAAUCAACCUCUCGUUGAAGUGAAAGAGUUCUCCCCUAGAGUGAAUUUUCUAGUGGACCGAAAACUAGGAACAAAAAACAGGCGAGAUGUGAUUUGUCUUGUUCCAGAGUUGUGUGACCAGAAUCCCAUUCGCGCUUCUCUUCUCAGCGUGUCUCAAAUUCUACCAUCUGUUCUUCAGCGUGUCACCUCCCUCCUCCUUGUUGCCGAUCUCAAGGCCAUGGUUGCCGGUGUACGCGACACAACAGAUGAAUCAAGUCUCCCUCCUAUUGGAGCAGAAGAGGGCUCGAGAGAGGCGCCCAUGGAGGUAGAAGACGAUGCUUUGGACCCUGAAGAAGACGAUGCGCUUUUCUCCGACAUCAGGUCGAUGUUCCAUUACAGUCCACCAUCUGCAGACCACCCCGGCUCCUCUCUCGUUCUUCAAGCUAUUACCACCACCCACAGCGGAGAUGCGUUUAAUCUGGAGAGGCUUGAGAUGCUGGGGGACUCAUUUCUGAAGCUGGCCGUGUCCAUUCAUCUCUUCUGCACAUACAAGGAUAAAGACGAAGGCAAGCUGACCCAGCGGAAGAAAAACCAGAUUAGUAAUUUGGCGUUGUACGGAGCAGCGGCCAAGAAAUCUCUGGGCGAGUAUCUCCAGAGCACGCAGUUGGCUCGCGACAUGUGGUGUCCUACGGGAUGUCAGUUUGGCGACGUACUACCGAAUCGCACCACAGGUAGCCCAGCCAUGGAAGUUGACAGCGAGGACACGGUCGAGGCAAUGGAAGUUGACGAGACCUUAGAGAGCGGAAAGAAGACAAAACUUACUGCUACAGAGCAUGCGCGCCAGAAAUGCAACACGCAAAUGAUAGCGGACAAGUCCAUAGCUGACAGCAUCGAAGGACUGAUCGGAGCGUAUCUAAUAGACUGUGGUUAUCUUGGUGCAUUGCGAUUUAUGAAGUUUCUGGGGCUAAAAGUUUUACCUGAAGUUGAAGCAAAGGACGGCAAUGAUUUGCAGGCGGAGAAUAACAAAUCGGGUUGUUAUGCCAGAUUUUGGCCGGAUCAGACAAAAAUAACAGCAGCGCAAGGUAAAGGAGAUAUGGUUUUCCGCCUCACUUCUGGCCUGGAAAACUUUGAAAACGAAUCAAUCUCGUACAAUUUCCAACAAAAGUUGCAUUUGGUAGAGGCGCUAACUCACGCGUCCUACCACGAAAACCGUGUCACGCCAAGUUACGAAAGACUCGAGUUUCUCGGUGAUGCUCUGUUGGACUUUUUGGUCACGCAACAUUUGUACUUCCGUCACGUCAACUUGUCACCAGGGGAACUGACCGAUAUACGACAGGCCUUGGUGAACAAUAACAUCUUUGCCACCCUUGCCGUAGAACACAGUUACCACAAGUAUCUGAAGCAUAUGUCUCCAAAGUGGUUCCAAACGGUGAAGAGCUUUGUUGACAGAGUGGAAGACGAGGCAGAAGAGAGGAAAGAUAAUCAGCUUCAAACGGUCACCGCUGACCCAUUUAUUAUCGUGUCUGAAGAGGAAGAAGAAGGAAUCGAGGCGCCUAAAGUUCUUGGUGACAUCUUCGAGUCAGUAGCAGGCGCGAUAUUUUUGGACAGCGGUAUGGAUUUGUCUAAAACCUGGGAUGUGUACUACCGCAUGAUGAAACCCUACAUCGAUGAAUACUCGGUGAACAUACCGCGAAAUCCCAUCAGAACUGUCUACGAGGAAGACGAGGACGCUGACUUUGGGAAAGCGAAGACCCUUGAUGAUGGUAAGAUCCAGUGCACUCUGAAAGUGGACUGGGGAGAGUACAAUGGAAAGGGACCGAACAUGAAGAUUGCUAAAGCUACAGCUGCCAAGCUUGCUAUUGAAGGACUGAAAAAGAAAUACGCUGCGGUGUACGAGGAAGAGUAAGAGUCAGAGUGGGCUUGGAGGACAUCAAUGUUGCAGCAAAGGUGCUUUCUUAGAUUUGUAUUGUUGAGAUAAUGCUGUGGAACACUGUUACAGUAAUAGGAAGUAGAUUUCUUAUGUACCUAUGAUAAUAUUUGUACGUUAUCUUCCACAAUGAACAUCCCUUUCUAGGAGCUACGUUUAUGUAGGUGACCUACCUUGAAUGAAUGGGCGUCAUUUACAAUUACUUUGUGUUACAAAUGUCCCUUAAAUGUUGUGAACGACUUUCUCAGAAAUCGAUGACAGUCUAGACAUUUGUCUAGAGACGUUUGCAUUAUUAAUA